AAUGAUCACAGCUAAAUAAUAGCGAGAAUAUCAGUGAAAACAAUAUGUCGAAAUCAGUUGAACUCAACCACACACGAAAAAAGUUGAAAUAAACAAACCGUAAUGGAAUGGGCGUUGCCAAACGUUUUGAUAUCGAUAUCUCACUGAUUACAAACAGAUAAGCCCUCGUGUAACUUCGCGACAUUGUACUAAUUCUAAACUAGGGCCUCGAAGAUAAAAAUGUGACACACUUCUUUAUGCUACUGUGUUUUACCAAACUUUGUUCUCGCUAAAUUUUCCCACAUAACUUAAUCGUCACAGUGUAUAACAAGUAAUGACUAACAUACGCGGUUAAUUAACUUAUAAUUGAACGAGUUUUAAUUCAUAAAGUGCCUUUUAACUGCAGUUAAACUGCGAAGAUUCAUACACAAGUGUAUUAUGGUGACUCAUCCGGAAACUUGUACUUUAAAAACUUUGUAGUUAGUUUUGUGAUGUGAAAAUGUUUAAAAGUUAUUUAUUAACGUUGUUUCUUUAUGCUAGUGUUGAGUGUCAGUCGAAUAAAGAUCUGUAUAAUGGUCAAGUGAACAAUGAAUUUUAUAGUUCGCGAGAACAAAGUUCUAGGUCUUCAAGACUACCAAGCCCGGGAGAUAGUGACUAUAGAACGUACGUGUACAAUAAUAGGAGAUAUGGGACGGAUCCCUCAAGAUAUAACCCAUAUAAUCCUAAUAUAAACCAGCCCGGAGGGUUCCCAUACAACCCCAUUAAUACAAACCCUUUGGAUGACCAGUUUAAGUAUAGUAUUAACCGAGAUCCAAAUAACCCAGAUGCAUUGUUUCCCGGAGUACUCGGAGGCUGGAGAGAGGAUUUACAAGGAAGGGAGAGGAGGGACUCUCGGCAGUUGAAGAGAGAUGUAUUUGUAACUACUAACUAUGGACAAGUGCAAGGAUUUAAGGUAUAUCUCUAUGAUAAUCCAGACCCAGACUCAGGGUACAGACCCUGGCUGUCACCGGUAGAGAGGAUACAAGGAGAAGUAUCAGUAUUCUUGGGCAUACCUUAUGCUCGACCACCUGUUUUGGAGGGUAGAUUUAAGCCUCCUCGACAACACCCAGGCUGGCAGCUGAUGCAGGCAGUAGACUGGGGUCCCGCCUGCCCGCAGCCAGUGCGGUUCACAGGAGCGACUAAAGGCAUCAGAGAUAUGGAUGAAGAUUGUCUGUACUUGAACAUAUUUUCUCCUAAUACGGAAGCCGGCUCCACAGCACAACGCUACCCAGUCAUGGUAUACAUCCACGGCGGUCAGUACACCUCCGGGGCAUCGAACCUGUUCCCCGCGCACAUGAUGGCCGCCUUCUACAAUGUUAUUGUGGUCUCUAUCAACUAUAGGCUUGGGGCUCUUGGUUUCCUCUCAACUGGUGACGAGAACUCCCCUGGUAACUACGGCAUCCUCGACCAAGCGAUGGCUCUCCGCUGGGUGUACGACAACAUCACGCCAUUCAACGGGGACCGCUCAUCCAUCACGCUGUUCGGGCCAGGAGCUGGAGCUGCCUCAGCUGGUCUGCUCGCUAUAGCUCCUCAGACUAGAGAUAUUGUUACUAGAGUUAUUGCUCAGAGUGGUUCAGCCCUAGCGGACUGGGCGAUGAUAGAAGACAAGUUCAGGGUACAGAACACGUCGCUGGUGUUCGGGCGGCUGCUGGGCUGUCCCAUCGACUCCUCGUGGAAGCUCGUCAACUGUCUCCGGCAGGGGAGAAGCUUCUAUGAGCUGGGGAAUGCUGAGUUUCAGCCACACGUAGGCUUCAUGCCAUGGGGUCCAGUACUGGAGAACAACUUCACGUUCCCCGGGGAUGAGUGGUACGACGGGUGGCGCGAGCGGGACUGGCACUUCCUGCACACCAUGCCGGAGGAACUCAUCAAGCUGAGGCAGUUUAAUCCUUCACUGAGGUACAUGACGGGAGUCACCACACAGGAAGCGGCUUAUUAUUUGUAUACGAACAACUCCUUAGCUCCUAACUACGAAAUAAACGAACCUUGGUUCAACCAGAAAGUAGCCGAGCUGGUACAAAGGUACAACUACACAUUGAACCCCAGAGGAGUGUACGAGGCUAUCCGGUACAUGUACACUUAUCACCCGGAACCGCAUAACGUCAGUGCGAUUAGAGACCAGUAUAUACAUCUUCUCUCAGAUUUCCUAUACCGGGCACCAACAGACAAGAUGGUAAAACUUCUCCUAGAACAAAACGUGCCCGUCUACAUGUAUGUUCUGAACACCACGGUCGAAGCCUUCAGAUGGCCCGAAUGGAGAAGAUAUGCUCAUGACACAGAACAUUACUUCCUAACCGGGGCACCCUUCAUGGACCAGGAGUUCUUCCCGGUGAAGCAGCGGAUUGACAAUCAGGUGUGGACCAACAAUGAUAGGAAUAUGAGCCAUUUCUUUAUGAAGACUUAUGCUGAUUUUGCUAGGUUUGGCAACCCCACCCGGUCUCGGAUCCUGGGCCUCCACUUCGAAGUAGCGCAAGCAGGACAACUCCGCUACCUGAACCUGAACACGACGUACAACUCCAGCAUACAGCUGAACUACAGGCAGACUGAACUCGCUUUCUGGACUAUGUACCUGCCCACUGUUAUAGGCCGCCUUGUACCUACAUACCCGCCUAUUACUGAGUACUGGUGGGAGCCGAAGCAGCCUUUACAAAUCGCGUUCUGGUCUGUUUCAAGCGCUUGCCUAGUACUCAUUGUACUACUAGUUGUUUGCUGUAUGCUGUGGCGAAACGCUAAAAGGGCUAUCCCACCAAAAUGGAAAAUGGUACCGGCAGUGGAAACAGACCGUUACUACGACGGGGAUAUAUUCAUGGUGCCUGAAGUGGAAGAGAGCGGCAUAGACAACAACACGCGGUCCAGAGACAACAUCUACGAGUAUAGAGACGUGCCCAUCAAGAAACCUCAUACGCCACAACCUAUUAGUAGGACUAUAAGUCAACCAGCAACGCUGCAAUCGUCCCGGCCCCCUUCGGAAGCGUCGACGGGCUCCGCACUCUCGCUCAAGGAGGGCUCCGUGUCCCGCGUGCCCGAGCCCCUACCCCGGGCUAGAUCUAGAACUCAGAUUGUCCAUGGCAUACCACAAACUACAGUCUAGAAUAGAGUUAGUGAUGGUAAGAUUUGUUUUUUAUCGAUAUCGAUAAAUGUUGUUUAUGUAACAUCGAUCUCUGAUAACUAAGAUGAAUUGAAAAUGGCAGCUGUAAUGAAACUUGGUACACAAAAUAUAUACACGGUCAAAUUGAGAGCCACUUUUGCGGGAAGUUAGUUAAGAAAGACAGUUUUGUGUGUACGUUUUAGAGAGCCUGUAUUUAGAGAUAAAAUAUUUCGAGAAGUAUUUUAUAGUAUUUGAGUGUGGCCUUAUUCUUUAGGCUAAUCUUCAAUUAUAAUAUGUGAGCCGACAUAGUAUCCAUUAUUUUUAACCGAGUUUAAGUUACAAAAUCAUUCCGUCGAUGCAACAAAGUUGCCGUGUAUACAAAUUCCACGUAAGAUUGUGUAUUUUUUAGUUUAUAUUAUUUUGACAUUCCUGACCACCGUAAUGUUCAAGACACUAAUUAAAUAUAUUUUAAGAUUAAUUAAGAGUUAGCAGCUUUAACAUUUUAUAACAAAAAAAAUAAUACAAUAAUUAAGUAUUAGAAUGUCCAGCAGCUUUUUCUAGUUUAUGUUUAUUUUUCACAGUAUUUAUACAAAUUAAAAAUGUAAUUACGUAUUUCAUACAAAUAUACACCAUUAAUGUAUAUUGCUUGAAGCACUAUUAUAUGUAUUUGUAUAGUUUUUUAUUUGAAGUUAGUAAAAACUUAAAUAUAGAUUGCACAAGUUUACCCGUAUAUAAUUUAUAAUUUUAGCUAAAAUAAUUAACACUUCCCACAAAUUUUAUCUAAGAUGCCAUCACCAGCUGCGGGUUGUUCGAAAGAGAUACCGCGGCCCUGGUACAUAAAAGGCCUAUGACGGAACACGACGAUUUUAGUCAGUAAGAGUCUGACACUCCCUCACCGCUGCUAACCCACAGCGGGAGGGGUCAUUUGAUGAUUUUACGUCGAUAAAAAAAAAAAAGAUGCCAUCACCACAUUCUAUGUAGACUGAAUUAAUUUAAGUCGAUAUACAUACUUUCUACCUUUUUGAAUAGGUUGUGUUUUACUUGCAAAACAAAAUUAUCUUAAAAAAUGAUAAUUCAACGAAAGAUUUCGUUACAAUUUGAACAAAUUUCUUAUUGCUGGUAAUUUUUUUGACUAGCGCGUUGUAUUUGUUACCUUAAAGGUAUAAAUUAUUAUUUAAUUUUCUUUAUACAUAUAAGUAUUUUGUAUUAAGUAAUUAUUAAGAUACAUGUUUUGUAUUAAAAUAAGGUGGAUACUGCAGUUGUGCUCUGUGGGUACCCAUUUGGAUACAUAGUACAUUUUGAGGUACAAAAAUGUAGAUGGAAUGUUCAAUAAAGAAAUACAAACAUCCAAAUUAAGGUCCUUCUCUUUUCUUAGAGUCGGUUAGACCUCUGGACAUUUCAUUUUCAAGAUGCUAAAUACUAUUGAAGACAACCACUGUUAGAGUAAAUAAGUGGCCUUCUUUACACAUAUAAUUAUAUAUUCUUUACUCCUUCGAAUUCUCGAAAUAUUCAUACUAUAACAUAAAAGCUGCAGUAUCACCUUUAAAAUAUAAUUAGCAAUAAGUAUAAAUGUUUGUGAUUUGUAUUGUCCGUCCAUCUCCAAGUGCAAUUGUCUACUUACGUGCCUCGUCUUAAGGAUUUUGAUACUAAAUAUAUUUAUUAUAAUUAAUUAUGUAUUAGCAUGGCACCGAACGAAUAAUGCUGUGUAUAGAUUGAAAUAAAAUUAAUGAAAUAAUGCAAAAAAA